AGUCACACAUCUUUCAAUACAUCUUAAUCAUGUUCUUAUACAAAUAUCUCUCAACUUUGGCAUAUUUGAGCUUUUUUCCUUCAAAAACCACUUCACAAACCCAUUCAAAAGACAUCGACAUCCAAAACAAACUAUCAGAUUUCCAGACUUUGCUAUCAAAAUCCAAGAAUACAGUGGUCCUGAUAGGAGAAGGUCUCACGCACAAAAGUGGAUACUUCGAAUGCUACCCAUCUGAUGACUGGAGACAAUACGCAGGCAUUGAUUUACAAACUGAAAUGGAUUUCAUGGAAAACCCUUCCACAUUCUGGGAAUUGUACCAGCACAGAAGGAAUUGCACUUUGAAUACCCAACCAAAAAAGGUUCACAAAGCUAUAGCAAAUGUUCAAAAGAAAUACCUCGACAGAGGAUUGAAUUUCACUGUGGCCACUUUGCAGACAGAUGAACUACUGCAAAAAGCCGGAGUACAGGAUGUCAUCGAACUAAAAGGAUCUAUUUUCAAAACAAGAUGUCUGAGGUGUUCUGAGAUAACAUCCAAUUAUGAUAAUCCGAUCACAAAAUGCAACCCAAGUUCGAGAGGUGAGCCAGAAAAAUAUGAAGAAUCCUCCAAGGAUACGUUGCCACAUUGUAAGAAACCCAAAUGUGGAGGUAUCCUGAGACCCUAUGUUUGGUGGCAUGGAGAUCCUCAGCAUGAAAACGUAUGGGAUACAUAUGAACGAGUCAUCGACAAUGUAGACUUCUACAUAACUAUGGGAGUUUCUUCACUAUCACCACCAAUUCGUACUUUUUUCGAUACUAUGUCCCAGAAACAAAUCCCAACAGCUGAAUUUGGUCCUCCACAAGAUCAUCAUUUGAUGAUGAACGACGAAUUCGCUCCUUCAUUCAUGUUCAAAUUUCAAGACUUCUGCGAAAAAUCGGUUCCUCCGGCGUUCGAGUUAUCUAAAGAUGAAUGAUUGAUCAGAAACGCAGGCAAAAUGAUAAAAAAUUGGGCAAAUGAAUAAUCUAUUGUUUCAAAAAUUGUGAAUUUUCAAAUCCACUCGAAAAAUUACACCUAAAACAAUUUAACCAUUGAAAAAGCUGUUUUUCAAGAUUCUUUUCUUAAUAACACUAAGUACAUCAAACAUUAAAUCUUCAAGUUUUUUCAAUUAAGAAAAUAUGACUAACACUUUCACAAGAAAUACCAUACUGGCCAUUGAAAAUAUCAAAAAUUCAUAAAAUAGUACCAAAAUUGACAAAAUGGAAUAAAAAUGUGCACCUGAAGAAAAAGGUUGAAAUAUUUGACCAUUUUAGCGAAGAGCAGGAAUUUUUUGCUAUAAUUGAUGAAAUUACACUUCUUCAAAAUGUGAGAUUUUGGACAACAUUUUUAAAAAGUGGGAUUGUUUUGGAAUUUUUACAAAAAAUGACCACUUUUAGUCAUCUUGCUAAAAGUAAAAAUUUUGGUCAAUUUUUAAAGAAGCAAGAGCUUUUAAAUUUCUUUUUAAGAAGAAGCAACACUGAAUAAUUGACCAAAAAAUAGUACUUUUGAGCAAAAAGGAGCGACUUUUGAGUAAUUAUUGAACAAAAAAGAGACUUUUUAGCAGGCUGGGUGAAUAAUGAGAUUUUUUUCAAAACACAAUACUUUGAUAAUUUUAGCAAGAAGUAGAGUUUUUAGGCCAAAAAACGAUUUUUUUUGUCAUUGAAAAAAAUUUGACUUUAUGAAAUUUCUUACCAAAAAAAAAAAACAAAAAUUUUCAGCCAUUUUGCUACAAAAGAACUUUGUACUCAAUUCUUUAGUAAAAAUUAUGAAAAUCAGUUCAGAAGUUCAUAUCUAUCGACUUCUUCAAAUCAAAUUUCCAUAAUUUUCAGACAUUCUGGAGCCCCCAGCUUGAUUUUUGAUUUUCUCCAGAAGUCGUGAAAAUCAACACGUCAGAUGUGUCCGCUUGAAAAUCACCUCAAAUAAGUAUGAGUUCGUUAAACAGGACAAGAUAAAAUGCUAGAACUCAAUUUUUAGCUAACCUUGUAAAUUUCCAUCUCCUUUGGAGAAAUUCGAAACCCUUCAAAAAAUCGUAAAUUGCAUUGGAGGCUACAGAAUGGCUCGCAACGGUGAAAAUUCGGGUACGGGGGCCUAUUUCGAAAAAGACUUUCUUUUCUAAUAGAAAAUUUUCAAUUUUUUUAGAAUUCUUUAAAACGUACCAAAAUAAGUCCGAUUAAAAAAAUCACUCGUGGUGUCAGCCUGAAAAUCUCCCCAGUAGUGAAUUGACCUUAUUAAACACAUCCAAAAUAAGUUCUGAAAAAAAUUCAAAAAUCCCUGAAAACAGAAAAUCGCGCUGGGGAAAGGCGAGAAUUUGAUUUGACAGAGUCAAUAUCACCUUCAAAAAUUUCUUUUUCAUCAUUUUCUUUCACACAAAGUUUUUAUAAAUUUAAAAAAUGAAAAGCAUCAAUUUUCAGGAAAAUCUAAAAAUCAAUUUGUGCAGCUGAAAUUUUCGGUCAAGGGGGCUUCAAGACCAUGUGGGUUUCUGGGAGGAGGAGGGAGGACUGUUUCAAAAAAAUGAGUAAAACAAGAAGCAAGAGAAAGACCUAAAAUAAAAUAAAAUUGAUUAAAUAAUAAUUCCCAAUAGCACUCCCCCUCCCAAAAAAACAACUAAGCACACAAAAACAUGCAAAACUAAAGUAAUAUAGAUCUAUAUUACUUCAUGCAAAACUAUCAACAUCCCCACCUAUAUAAAUCUUCGUAAAAACCCCCACCCAUUCAACACCCCCCAAAACAACAAAAACAUCGCACCAUAAAAAGGUAUAUAUUUUAAAAUAGAACAACACAAAAUGCGGUAUGAAAAUAAAAAUUAAAAAAAAAUGAUAAUAAUAAAUAAAAGAAAAUUGACGAAAUAUUCGAAACGUAAUUUAUAAUAACUUUAAAAUGAGACAGUGAGAUAAAGAAGGAGAAGAGAUACAUCGAAACAGACAGAUAGAUAUAAUAAGGGAAAGUAAACAGUAAAAGGAGAAGAUAAAAAACAAAAGAAAAAAAAAAGAAUAAAAUAAAAA